AUGGGGCAUGAGAGAGAGCGGCUGCUGGUGUACCGGGGCCAGGACUUCAUCAGGCUUCGGGACCGUUGCCGGGCUGAGAAGAGGCUUUUCGAGGACCCAGAGUUCCCCGCAGACGACCGCUCCCUUGGGCUCGACAAGGUGGUCAGCUGGAAGAGACCAUCGGAGCUGGUGGGCAAACCCCGGUUCAUGGACCGCGCUGACAGGUUCUCCGUGGUACAGGGCGACCUGGGAGACUGUUGGCUGGUGUCGGCCCUGUCAGCCAUCACCCUGAACCCUGGCCUCCUGCGGCGUGUGGCACCGAGUGACCAAGACUUUACCACCAAGUACGCCGGCAUCUUCCACUUCAGGGUGUGGCAGGGAGGAGAGUGGGUGGACGUGGUGGUUGACGACCGGCUACCAGUAAACCAAAUCGACCAACUGUGCUUCUCGCGCUCCUCCAACUCUUGCGAGUUCUGGUCGGCGCUCCUGGAGAAAGCCUAUGCUAAGCUCCACGGGUCGUACGGAGCUCUGAACGCUGGCAAGAGCUACGAGGCUACGGAGGACCUGACGGGAGGCGUAACGGAGAGGUUCCUGCUGCAGAAGGAGACGCCGCCAGACAACCUCUUCUCCAUCAUGGUACAGGCCAGCCAGCGAGGCUCUCUCAUCACCUGCAACGUUCCGGGAAAACUGGGAGACAUAUCCAAUGGGCUGGUGGCUAGUCAUGGGUACUGCGUCACAGGGGUCAGGCUGUGUAAGGUCAUUAUCACACCCUGGCUGUCUGACGUCCAGUUGGUGCGCCUCAGAAACCCUUGGGGAGACGACAGUGAGUGGCGAGGAGCGUUCUCCGACGACUCCGAGGAGUGGAAGCUGGUGCCGGCGGAGGAGAAAGCCAGACUCCGACUCACGACUGCCGAUGACGGUGAAUUCUGGAUGACCUUCCAGGCAUUUAAAGACAACUUUCAGGAAGUGUUCAUCACUAGCCUCAACCCCCAGACCCUGAACAGCGAGGCUCGAGAACACCUGCACUCCUUGGCAGAUGUUGUCACUCGCAUCAUGCACCAGCCUGGGGAGGGAGGGAGGGCGCCACCGUCGCAGGAGGAGGCCAGAGAGAGGAAGGUGUGGGAGGUGGUCCACUACGACGGCUCCUGGGUGAGGCACGUCUCAGCGGCCGGAGCUCCAUGUAACUCAAACCUCUUCAGCAGCAACCCGCAGUACUUACUUCACCUGCGGGAGGCUGACGACGAGGCUGGAGCGGCAGGCACCUGCACCGUCGUCCUCUCACUUACGCAGAAGAAUCGGAGGGUUAAGAACCUGCCGCUCCUUGCCAUCACCGUCUGCGUCUACAAGGUGGAGGAGGCAGAGAAGGUACCCUCCCCGCUGCCGGCCUCCUGGUUCAGAAUCAACCGGCCGCUCUUGUUGACGAAGUUCUUUAAAACACGUACCGUCACGCACCGUCUGGAGCUGUUGCCAGGACGGUACAUCCUGAUCCCCUGCACCGCCACAGCAGACCAAGAGGGCGAGUUCCUCCUGCGGGUGUUCUGCGAGAAGGCCGCCACCAUGCAGGAAAACGAUGAGGACCCCAUGCUUCUGGACACCACACACGAGGCUGAGGAUGAGGUCGACGCCAAUAAAGAGCCGAGUGGAGAGUCACCCGGAGCCACUAUCCAGAAGGAAGAGUUCCUCGCGCUUGCCGGGAAGGAUGGCAGAGUGAAGGCUGCUACUCUUCACAACAUCCUCAACCUCCUCUUCUCGGGAAUAUUGGAGUUCUCCCUAGACCUCAGCCGCAGUCUCCUGGCGAUGAUGGACAGAGACCUCUCCGGCAACGUAGACUUUUACGAAUUCAAAACUCUGAUCCGCUCCCUCAGGCGCUGGGUGGAUGUCUAUGACAGGAAGAAGGCGGCGGAGAGCGGACUGCUCUCGGGGCGAGCUUGGGGUUUGGGGGAUGCUCUGAAGGAACUUGGUUAUCAGGUGCCCCGUCGCCUGCAAGGCCUGGUGGUGGUCAGGUACGGCGACCAGCAUGGUAACAUAUCCCUUAGCGACUUCCUCAUGGUCACCUGCAGGAUCUCCGUCAUGCUUGAGAGAUUCCAGAUGCACAUUAGUGAGGAGAAGGACCAGGCUGUAAUACAGUUGUCAGAGUGGCUCCAGGAUACACUCUACUGCUGACACACUAAACCUUCUCAAGCCAUGUCCAAGCACACCAAACUGUGCAAGUAAAACAGCAGAAAAAUUAAGGUUGUUGUUAUGCCGAGACGUGACCAAGCAUUACGGAAGGAAUGCUCAGUUUCUCGAAGCCGAGACAAUCCCAAAGUUGAUUUAAAAGCUGAAACUAACACGCCACAAUACACGAGUGUUAACGAACAAGUCAGGCACAUUGUUUGUGACACUAAAGUACUAUUGGCUUAGCUCUCGACUCUCAAUCUUAGAUCCCGGGUUCGGUUUCCGGACGGGAGAAAAACAGUUGGGCACGUUUUCAUUCAACUCUGUUCAUCUAGCGGUAAAUACAGGUUCCCGGGAAAUAAGCGUCUGUUCAUCUGGCAUCCUGUUACAUCCUGAAGGUCAGGUUCAGCACCUUAGGCUGUGGCCAGCGCUGGAUGGGUGACCGAGCGUACAGCCUCUUCCUUGGCUUGCGGUACGUGGGAGAGUCAGACAACUUACCAGUCCUCCGACAAUAACAUAUCAGCAAACGGAGAAAUGUAUUGUCAGAACAGUCGGUUCCCAUUCAAAAAGUUCCGGAUCUGGAUUGGCGCUCAGGACGGACACGUUUGGAAAAAUAUUCCUUUCACCUGAUAUAGCUGUUCACUUAAGAGUAGUAACAGAUACACGGUAGUUUCUCACCUCAUGUAUUCACCUAGUUGUGCUUGCGGGGCACGAGCUUCAGCUCUUUGGUCUCGCCUCAACAAUCAAUCAGCUGAGCCUAUUUGGGCUCUAUCAUAUCUACAAUUCAAACUGUACCACAUAACUGUCUAGUGUAUUCCACUUGUUAGCUACUCUGCUAAUGUUAAAUAAUUUGUCUUUGAAGGUGGUCAACCGUUGGCCUUGAGAGACCUCAAUAAGCCAAGCAGACAUCCUGUUCCCGACAAUAGAAAACCAAAUCAUCAUUGUAGAGACCUAUAGGCCUAUUUGGAAAUAUAGUAGAUCAGUCGACCAAAAGAGAGUAAAAUUUUAAAAUAAUGGUUACACGUUAUAAAUUAAGUUUGGAGACUAACUCGCAGAUCUUUGGUACAAUGUGAACUUGAAACAUUCCACACAUGGUUUUUAUUUUUAAAUUUGUUAAUUUAUUAUGCGCCCCAUACCCAUUCCGUGGGCGGCAGUUUAAACAAUUAGAGGCACAUUAAUGGGUUCGGAAACUGAACCUAAAAAUUCACUGACCUAUGUAACAAUCUUGGUAAGUUAGUUAAAUUGUUUAAACUUGUGUAUCAAUAGUCUUUAUAGCACAAAUGGUGCAAGAACACAACAGCAACUUACAUCUGUGGUGAGCCACUUGCAUGUUUACCGAUCAUGCAGCCAGCACCCAACCAGUGGGCAGUGGUGGGGACCUACACCCAUGUACCCCAAUGUAACCUAACAUUGGUUACCUUGCUCUUAUUUUUUGGUAGCACAUCAUUUUGAAUGAAAUAUACAUUUCUUGAACAUUUGUAAUAGAAUUCUCUGAAAUUUUAUUUGUUUCACAUGAAUGAUCAAUAAUUUUCCUAACAUACAAAAUGCUUAUUACACAUUAUGUGGAAACAAUCAUAAUAAAUAUUAAAACUAAUA